CGGAAUAUUUAGGUGAAAGUGUUUCGAAUUUCGACAUGACGACAUUCGCGCGCAGUCGUUAUCGUGAUUUUGCCGAAUCGAGAGGUUCGUAGAGUGCGCAGGCAACCGCGACGCGACUGCGACCCGCGCCCGCGCAACCUUAAAGUGUUCACCCCGCAGGAAGUGCUCCGGACUCUGCAUGCUGAACGUGUCUAGUGCUUGCGUUGAAAAACUAUGCUGAGAGUUGGUGUGUCCAAAAAUUUUCGGAGACGUAAAUUAAAAAGGUGAUCGGUGAAUCCGGAACAAGGUGGUUCUUCGUGUGAUGUGCGUGUUGAAGCGCUAAGCAAGCUGUCGGCGGGCGACAAGCUGGGGCCCGACGAGGUGCUGGACGCCUCCACUCACGCGCACCAACUGCAGACGAUGACCUCCACCAUGGGAAUAAUGACACUCAGCCGCGGCCCGUGUGACCUCGACAACAUGAGUCUGUUCCAAGACCUCAAACUCAAGAGGCGGAAAGUUGACUCCCGAUGUAGUAGCGAUGGCGAGUCGGCCGCCGAUACCAGCACGUCGUCGCCGGACCCCGGCCCGCCGUCGCCGCGCAUGGCCGAGGCGGGCUGCAGCACGCCGCCGCAUCCGCCGCCCGUGUUCGACGGCGGCGGCUCUCCGACGCCAUCGCCUGCUUGCCAUCCCACCGUCAUCCGCUCCGCGCCGCCCUACUCCGUCAUCAAGUUCGAGAGCAGCCCGGCUUCUGUUAAGGCAGAGUGCUCACCAGCCAGCAACAAACCUGAUGCGACGCCUCCACAGCUAUCUUCUGUAAAGCUUGAAGGCACCCCGGAACCUCCUCAGCCUUAUAGGCCACGAGCUCUCGCUCCCCCACCACCGGGCUCGCACACCUCGCUAUCGCCAGGGCCUUGGCCACCGGCUGCCUGCAUCAACGGUGUCAAACCGGAGCUGAUAGGCGGGCACUUCCCACCGCAACCACUCGAACCCAAACCUGGUGCACGAGGCUCAACGCAAUGGCGGGGCACUCCCGCUGUGAUAAUGGGCGAGUCAGGUGGAGUUCGGACGAUGUUCUGGACGCUGCCAGCGCCUACAUCUAGCGGGGAGCCGGCGGCGAGUGCGUCCCACACACCGACGCCACCCACCCCCGACCCGGCUACAUGUAGCGAAGAGUCUGCCGCGCGGCUAUUACUCAAUCUUGGUGGUGAACUAAGGCGACCACGAGGCCCUCCUCUAAAUAUGGAACUGCUUUGGGCGGGAGACGUAUCGCAGCUGCCCGCGCACCAGCAGCUUACCGCACUGAACCUGAGUGCUGCGGCCGGCAGUGUCGCCGGGGCAUCACAGGUGGCUGGAGCGAGCGCGCUGGCGCUACCUAGACCCGAGCUUCGAGCCUACGCACCUGAGGCUGAACGUGAUGAAGAUGAACAACCUAUGAUCUGCAUGAUUUGUGAAGAUAAAGCUACAGGUCUUCAUUAUGGCAUCAUUACUUGUGAGGGGUGUAAAGGUUUCUUCAAACGGACUGUACAGAACCGACGAGUUUACACGUGCGUAGCUGACGGUGGCUGUGAAAUUACAAAAGCGCAGAGAAAUAGAUGCCAAUAUUGCCGAUUCAAGAAGUGUAUCGAACAAGGAAUGGUUUUACAAGCGGUACGAGAGGAUCGGAUGCCAGGUGGAAGGAAUAGCGGUGCCGUCUAUAACUUAUACAAAGUAAAAUACAAAAAGCAUAAGAAAGCCAAUAAGGCGGCGACGACGACGAGUCGAGCGUCACCACCUGAGAAGCCCAAAGACCCUUUACCGCCUAUCCCAUCUCACCUGGUCAAUGGCACCAUUCUUAAGACUGCACUCACCAACCCUAGCGAGGUUGUCCACCUAAGAGCACGGUUAGAAAGUGCCGUGUCAUCAUCACGAGAUCGUGCUGUGCCCCUGGAAAGGGCGCUACACAUGAUUCGUGCUCUGAUAGACUGCGAUGCCAUGGAGGACAUCGCCACGGUGCGGCAUCUACCAGACCUGCUCCACGACACCUCAGAAAUAGGAGACAAACUAUGUAAGAUCGGGGACUCGAUCGUGCACAAAAUGGUCGCUUGGACGAAGAAACUACCAUUCAUUAUGGAAAUACCAAUGGAAAUACAUUCCAAGCUGUUGAUGGAGAAAUGGCAUGAGAUCUCAGUACUGACGACGGCGGCAUACCAGGCGAUGCACGGGAAGCAUGCGCACGCGCCGCCCUCGUCGGACCACGAACAAGACUUUAUGCAAGAGGUAAACGCGAACCUUCGGACGCUGCAGAACUGUUUGACGUCACUGAUGGGUAGACCCAUCACGUUGGAACAGCUGCGGCUUGACGUGGGGCUGGUGGUGGAAAAGAUGACGCAGAUAACCUGUGUCUUCCGCCGCAUACAGCUUCGGAUGGAGGAGUACGUUUGCCUGAAGGUCUACAUACUAUUAAACCAAGAAGUUGAGUUGGAGGGUAUUCAGGAUCGGUACGUGCAGGUGCUGCGCAGUUAUCUGGAGCACGCCGCUCCGCAUCAUCCUGGAAGGCUACAGGAACUCUUCGCCAGGAUACCUGAGAUCCAAGCGGCGGCGAACCUGUUGCUCGAGAGCAAAAUGUUCUACGUACCUUUCGUGCUGAACUCGGCGGAGAUCAGAUAGUACAUGGCGCAGCAGGGCGUCUAGUUCUCGAUGUACGAGCGGCUGACUCCCCGCCCGCGCCCGCUCCCCCGCCGCACCCCCGUCUUAUGAUCGCACUCGCCACCAUGUGUUCACCCGCCGCCGACACGCGCCGACACCGCGUCGACACCGCGCCGCCCGCGCAGCACAAGAGUUCGUACAAAUGUUCCUACUCGAGCGCCGACAGUGUGCCCCGCUCAGUGCGACAAACAGUGACAGUCAACACAAGUGCGGUACAUUAUACCUUUGUUGAGUCGAUGAGUGUAUUGGUUUAUUGUUUAGUAGAGGAAUUAAAACGUCCCAAUUGACAGACUGAUUUAUUAUUAAAAUAGCUAUUACGUAAGGUACCAGGGACUUGAAUGCGUGUUUUAUACGUGGUAGUGUAUACUACAUAGUGUUAAAUAGAAUAAAAUAUAUAUUAUGUUACUAUUUAAAUUUGUCAGUCGGAGAAUCGCAUAAUAUAUUAUUUGUGUAAAUAUAGGAUAAACUUUACAAUAUAGUUAAACGUUGUUUUAGACAGAAUUGUUUCUUGUAAAUGAAAUACUGCUGUUUUAGUUUGCAUUUUAUAUCGUCUAGGAUUAACCAGUAGACUACUGGGUGUGUAAUAUUGAGAAUUUCAAUUUAAUUUUAUAUGACUUGUUCGUACAUAAUGUAAGUAGCACUAAGUACCUACUCUCAGUGUUUACCAAGACUGCUUGUAUACAACUGUACUGUUUAUACACUAACGUAAGCGGCGCGGUGGCUCGCGCGGUUCUUAUAGUCACAACUUAUGCAUUUUUAUUGCCAAUAUUUCGCAUAACACUACUUGUGCAUGUUUCGUUCUGAAUGUUUCACUUCUUUAUUCUGGUCUAACUAGGUGUAAGGGUCGGCGCGCGCGGCGGUCUCGUGCCGUGCUGUGCCGUGCCGUGCCGUGCCGCGCCGCGCCGACUGCUCUCGAUGCAUUUCUAAGCUGACGACGUUAUCUUUAUGUGCGUAGGUGCUUCGGACAUUUAUUGAUCUUAUACUUUGCUUCCUUUGAUGUGUUCGAAUGUAAUUGUGCUCAAUGUACCGUGAUUUUGUUCGGAUAUUCAAAUUAUUAUAAUCGUUUGUGUCAUUUCAUAUCGUAGCAUUGAAUUCCUUUCGCGCAUCGUUCCUCUAGUAAAAGUAGUCUCAUGAUACAUUUUGUACAUACAUAAAAUAUUUUGUACAUAUUGCGUUAAAUCUCGAUUACAUAAACUAUUUGAUUGAUUUGCAACUAUUAAUAAAUAAGUGAUUUUAUUGUGAAGUUAUAAUUUUAUUACAAAACAGGUACAUCCAUGCAUCACUCAUUAUCGACACAGUUUAAGACACGUCAGAAACUAUGAAUUUAUUUCAUGACAUCAUCACAGCAUUAGCCCUCUAGCAUUCCUCUGCAUGUAUAAAGUCUUGCGUAGAAGUCCAUCAUUUCAUCUGAUCACGCUACUAACUGUCCCGGACUCAUGUAACUUAUUUACUAAAGACCUAGUACUAACACCGAUCUACAUCUACACAUUAAAUAGGCGUAUCUAACAAUAUUUAUAGAAAACGUAUCAUAACAAGAUCGCAAAAAAAAACAUUAAAAUAAUCUUACGAAAAGACUCUCAAACCUACUACUGUCAGUAAUCACUGCCUUUCGUUUUCUUACAAUUUAUUCGCCGUUAUCGUUAAAUAACACUUUGUAUUAAUCGUUAAUGUUAAAAUUUGUAAUAAACGUUCCAUCAACGGUGAACAGUUACCACUAGCUAUAGGGGGCGAUGUAAGCCUUGUUUAAAAUUAAGUAAUUACAACCAAAAAGUUCGUUCUAAGGACUUAGGUUCUAGUUAAUUAGAUUUUUUUAUGCCUUAGCUUUCUCACGGUCGACGUCGGCGUAUACAGAGCAAUUAGUAGCCACACACCUAUCUCACUUAUAAAUAUAAAUAGUUUUCACGACCUGUCAGUACCGAGAACACUAUAAAACAAUCGAAGGUCUCAUUCGCGAAGGUUGGAAGUGGACCUGUCGAGUAGCAAGUCGACGGCGGAAGGUACUCGCGUCGACGCAGCGCAGUCGACACAACAGACAACUUGUAUAUUAGAUAAUCCUGUUACCUGAAUGAGCGAUACACGUCCGUUCCUCAUCGUGUUACCAUUAGUUAAGUAUUAGCGGUUAUUAAAUGUGUUUUGUACAUUAUAAUUAGUUUGAAUACAACCAGUUACGAUACUGCCAUCAAAUGCCUAAAUAGUUUUCAAUUAAUUUUGUUAUAUUACGUACGUUUAGCUAAGUUAAUGACGUUGGUGAAAUUAUUAGUUAAUUGUGAUAGUAAACAGUGAUAUGAUAUCGGAGUAGGCGACACGCCGCGCGCCGCAGCGUGUCGCGGGAUACGCGCGCGGCGUGCGGCGGCGGCGCGUCGCCCGGUGCGCGCGCGCCUUCACUAAUAUUCGGUCUCACUACGUGAACCCUUCACGACGAUUGGGUAACUAUAUUUAUUUAUUCAUUUUUUUAUCUAACUUAAUUAUAAUUAAUUAGUUUUUAACAACACCAUCAGAACGACGGUGUUAAAUCUAAAGUCUGAGGUAAAGAUGCCUUUAUAGAUUUUUAAACAUUUAAUGACGGAAAUCGUAAAUAUAACUAUAAUCGCGAAUCGUGCAUCGUUCUACUAAUAUGUAUGUAAAUGAUAAUGUAUGUAAGUAAUAUUGACACUUAUUUUGUUAGUAUCAUAGCGUAUUGUUAAGGCGAAACUAACGGCAGUGUAUCAAAUGGGAAUUAGAUUUGUAAGAAUGUUAUUGGCGUUGUACAAAGGAUAGUAUUGUUAGUAAUUAAACAAUGAAAUUGGCGCAUUACUGGCGAGUACCUAAUUAGAAUAGUACACGACAGCCCACUGAGGCUAUACAUUCAUGUAAUAUGUAAAUACAAAUUAUGCUUCGACGUGUAAGAUGGGCGCUCGCUUUCGUUGCACUUCUAAAUUAUUUGCUAUUACUGUGAAAUAGGGCUUGUUCGCCUCUUCGUCUAAUUUAAUGGAACUCGUAGGAUAACUUUUGAAUAUCAAAAUUGACUGACCGAUUCAUAGGAAACAAUUAUGAAUGAUUUGCUUCUGCUUGCUAAUUUAAUUUUUAAUGAGUUUGCAUAACUUUAGUGCCGCCAGUCUCGGAGAUAGAUUUCACACCCGAGACUCGGACGGUUACAGCCGGCUUCUAACGCGCUUGUGUGUCCGAUACCACCGCGUGUUUAUAAACUGUACUGUCUUGUGCUGCUCAGAGUUCCCUGUUCACAUACUGCAGGAUGCUCUAAGCCGCGUGGACUAGUAUGCAUACUAAUUAAUUACGAUCGUCAAUUACCACUGUAACAUUACUAACGGUACACUGUAGGAUAUUUGAAUCAAGAAUAUCUUAAUCAUCAUCACAAGACGCACAGGCCGUUCCGGAGCCGGUUCGUAGAUAAUACUGCGAAAAUAUUUUGACUGAUAUAGUUAUGUAAUAAACAUAAUAAUGUUAAUAUAUUUAUAAGGGUGUAACAAAAACUUAAUGCAUUUCACAUUUCUUUACAGUCCAUAAGAGAAUAAUUAAUUACGUGUAAGAUAUUACAUGUAACAUAUUGUGACGAAAUAUUUUCACAUUCGUAGUGUAAGGUUUGUUGUGUAUAAAAAUAGCGUUUCAAGUAUUUCGGGUAAAAGAAGGGUUAAAAUUUGUGUACAUUAGACAUUGUAUUAAAAUAGUUAUGAAAUCGAGUGUAACGCCGUAAGAGAAUAUAUAUUUGGAAACGUUGACGAGUGUUUGUUGUAUGUAAUUACAUGUCACAGAUGGAUAUUUGAACUCUAAGUACAUAUAGAUAUAUAUUCUACGAGUUAUACUUCAUGUUCUAAUCAAUAAUAACAGUAAUCAAUUUUGUUACAGUUACACAAACAAACACGUUUCGCUUAUCUUACUAAUUUCAAUGUUUAGAUACAUUUUUGUGUCCACUUUUACAAUUUUCUAAAUAGAAUAUGGUCGAAAUCACAGGUUGAAUUAGUUGUCACGCUGUCACGGUGCCUCCGGUAGACACGUAAGGAUAGCGGCAACAAUAUGUUUGUAAGAGUUCAAUGUGGUUGAGUGUGCUGUAUUUCACGUAUUUAGUUGGGCUCGCUCAAUACCAAGACUUAUCGCUUUCAGACCUAGCAUACAUUAAGUAUUAUGGAUACAUUAGGGUUCUAUGUUUAUACGUAGCAAAUCACAUUAGUUGCUGAUUGCUGUACUGUUCUCGAUGGAAUAAGGCUGUUGUUAUAAUUCGACCAAGUUAAGAUAUACAGUGACUGUUAGCAGUACUCAGGAGUUUCGUGUACGUCUCGUUGAGUGAUGCGCCACGCCGGCGUAGUCAAUCGAAUGUACUGGUUUGCCAAGAGAAGUUACCUACAGUUGUGUUUAAUUAGCGAUGCAUAACGUGUUUGUACUUUAAUUUGUUUUUUAGUUGUACUCUUGGAAAUCAAUGGUUAAUAAUUUAAGAAAAUAAAUUGUAUGUGAAAUAUA